AUGCCAGUUCGUUUCCGUCUACCGGCGUUGCUGCCGAGAUCGGGACACCAGGCGCCUACUGCGAUUCUGACGCCGGCGGCACGGCUGUCUGCCCGGUCCUUUUCCUUCCGUCCACUCCCCUGCUCACGAAGCUUUACUGCUCCAUCCCAGCGGCGGGCCGUUCGGUCUUUCAGCAGUGGUUCCGGCGUGCAAGUGACCCCGACCGACCGGUCGGUGAAGAUUGCCUCGUCCGAGGCCACGAAGAGAGCCGAGUUACCAAACUUCUGGCUACGAGACAACUGCCGUUGCUCGAGUUGUGUCAACCAGGAUACGUCACAGCGGAACUUUGACACAUUCGAAAUCCCCGCCGAUGUUCGUGCCCUCGAAGUCAAGGCCGACGACAAGGGCCUGAAUGUCGUAUGGUCUGGCGACAACCACAAAAGCCACUACCCAUGGGACUUUAUCACCUUUUACCGAAACAACAACCACCGGUCGCCCGAGGCGGUCGACUUCCACUAUUGGGGCAGCAACGUGGCCGACCGUCCGCCCACAGUGCACUUUGACGCCGUCAUGGACACGUCGUCCGACGAGGGCAUUGCCCUGCUGACGGAUCUUGUGCGCCGCUACGGCUUUGCUUUUGUUGAGGGCACGCCGUUUGCCGACCCAGCCGACACCCAGCGCCUGCUGGAGCGCAUCGCCUUCAUCCGCGUCACGCACUAUGGCGGCUUCUACGACUUUGUGCCCGACCUCGCCAUGGCCGACACGGCCUACACGAACCUACCGCUGCCUGCCCACACCGACACGACCUACUUUACCGACCCGGCCGGCCUGCAGGCGUUCCACCUGCUGUCCCACCACGGGCCGGAGCCGGCGGCGGGCGCCAGUCUAGGCGGCUCCUCGCUGCUGGUGGACGGCUUCCACGCCGCCCGCCUUCUGCGCGAGGAGCACCCCGAGGACUUUGACGUUCUUACGCGCGUGCGCCUGCCCUGGCACGCCAGCGGCAACCAGGGUAUCACGCUGUCGCCCGACCGGCGGUAUCCCGUGAUCGAGGUGCUGGACGAGCAGGACCGCGAAACCACUGGAGCGUCGCCGCAAAACCGGAUCCACCGGAUCCGGUGGAACAACGACGACCGCGGCAUUGUGCCCUUUGGCGGGCCGGACGCCGACGGCAUCGACCCCGGCCGCUGGUACGACGCCGCCCGCACGUGGCAGGCCAUCCUGAAGCGGGCCGACGUCGAGUACUGGACCCAGCUGCAGCCGGGCACGCCCCUCAUCUUUGACAACUGGCGCGUCAUGCACGGCCGCAGCGCCUUUGUCGGCGUGCGCCGCAUGUGCGGUGGAUACACUGCGCGCGACGACUUUAUUUCACGCUGGCGCAAUACAAACUACCCGCGCGACGAGGUGCUCAAGCAGGUCGUGGGCUAA